UGAGAGCUUCAGGCACAUGUUUACGACCAUCAUCCCUCCUGGGGUCCCAGGAGCUAAAUGCCCAAACCGCCGACUUAUCACAUGGUCCGCACGACGUUGCUGGAUGAGUUGGAUGCAGAUGUUCAGCGUUGUGUGAAGCCGGUGCUUGAGACUUCGCGUCAUAGUGGUUGUAUCAUGACGGAUGGUUGGACAAACAUCCGUGGUCAGACAUUGUGCAACUACCUCGCCUGUACUGAGAGGGGACCCACGUAUCUUGCCACAGAUGUUAUGCGCGGGAAGAAGGAUGCCACAGCGUUGGCGAAGGCAUGGUUGCAGAGGCUGAAGACCAUCGAUAUCCAGCUCAGCGACAUCACGACAUUCGUCACAGAUUCCGCGGGUGUGAACAUGUCCGCCAUGGAGAUAUUCCAAGAGGAUGAAAGUGUCAAACAUAUCUUCUGGAUUCCCUGCGUGGCACAUGUCAUGGACCUCGUCCUGGAGGACAUUGGAUCGAUUGGUUGGGUUGCAUCACGAAUUGCUCAGGCGCGGCUUAUCACCAAGUUCUUCAAGCGCCACAGUCACGCAUGCGAGGCUUUGGAGGCGAAGACAAAGUUGAAGUUGUUGCUGCCCGCAGAAACACGUUUCGGCACCAAUGUCAUUAUGAUUCGGAGACUGUUGGAGUUGCAAACCCAUCUCAUGCAGGUCGUCACCGAGGACCCGUGGCGCGACACUGUUUGGGCCACGCGGAAGAUCAGGCAGCACGCCGCUGAGAUCAGUGCAUGUGCGGGGUCUCCUCCAUGGUGGGAGGAUUUGAAGGGAUUGUUGCGGAUUAUGGACCCUGUGAUGGAGAUGCUGCAGAUGCUGGACAGUGACACACGGCAUAUCAGCAAGGAUGAGAUCCUCGAGGUUUUUGACAGGCGGCGCACCAUGUUCCGUACUCCGGCCCACAUAGCAACCAUGAUGCUGGAUCCCGAGUUUCGGGAUCCCACCCUGGCAGAUGACGGCGUGAUGCAGGAGGGGUUGAAAAUCGCUUUGGUUCAGUUUGGCUACCCUGAGGGAUCUCCACGGCACAAGGAGGUGCUCACUGUGAUCGACAAGUUCCAUGCCAAGGAGAAGCCUUUCGAAAGCGCGACCAUGGAUAGAGCCAUGACGAGCUACGAGCACCCGUCCACUGGUGACGGGGGAGGAGGAGACGGUGUCGAGUCUGGCGGAGAUCCACGUGGCGAGGACCUUGGAGCAGCGCUUGAGGAGAGGCGUGGCGAUGACGACGACAGUCCCCCGCGUGGCCCGGAAGCUGCGCUCCGACGCUUGCAAUGCAGGCCUAGGAAGAUGAGUUCUAUUGGCGAUCACGUGCGUCGAUGCAAUGGUGCCCUUCGCCCCAUUGUUCCUCCACGAGCCGCGGCGGCGCCGCUUGUCCAUGUCUCCGAGGACUCCAUGAGGUGCGUCAUUCGUUGGACUUGGAAGGGAGCAGCAUCGCAUACGCCGGGUGGAGAGGGUCGAUUGGGAGGACUUGAGAGCAGUGGGGGCCAUGCACAGCCUGCGAAUGACGUUCCAGUAGCUUCGUCGACUGCUCGGCGCACUGAUGACGGGCCCGCCACGCGCAACCAUUCUGCUCCACCUGCUCCGGUGUUGCCGACAUCCUCAUUUUACGAUUGGGGGAGAGCAGGAGCGACAGACGGUGCAACUGCGGCAUGGAGAAGCGCAUGCGCUCCGACAGAUGUGCCCCUCGGGACGCGCUCCAUUGGGGUUGUCGACAGUCGUCGCCAUGGUGCGAUGCGUGAGUACGCGGACCAGCAUGGCAGACGGUUGGCGACGAAGACGUCGGAUGUUGCCUUCACUAGAGUGUGGAAGGCCAGUAUGUCACGAGCAAGAAACAAGGCCGGACCCGAGGGAUCUUCACUGCAUCUGAGUCGUCAUGACGCCUCAUCCAGGGACUCUGUGCAUGGGCACGCUGCCCGGCAGGAAAUUGCUGCACAUGUUGGUGGACCGGAGGACGGACAACCAUUUGCAGGAGGCACUUUAUGAAGAUCGACACGCGGUCGUGACGGCUCUAGCACUGCAGUAGACGAGCGACGCAAUUGUGCCGA